AUGUCAAAACCUUCUCAGCCUUUAAUGAUAGAAUUUGCUAUAUCCGAAAAAGAUGUAGACAUAAAGGACAAAUUCUAUGAAGAACUAGAAAGUGUAUAUGAAACUUUACCGUUGCACAGUAUAAAGAUAGUAGUAGGUGAUGUGAACGCGAAAGUUGGAAAAGAACAUAUGUAUAGACCGGUUAUAGGACCUAACAGUCUACAUGAAAUUAGUUACAGAAAUGGAACCAAACUAAUAAAUUUUGCACAAUCAAUGAAUUGUAUAAUAAGCAGUACAUACUUUCCCAGAAAAAAUAUACACAAACUCACUUGGAAAUCCACUGAUGGAAGAACAUUUAAUCAAAUUGACCACAUACUUAUCGACAGGAAAUUUAAGGGAUGCAUAAGGAAUGUGAGAACGUAUAGAAGAGCUCAUGCAGACUAA